AUGAGCACCCAGCCCCAGGCAGGCGGUGCUGGCCAACAACAGCAACAGCAGCAGGGCCCGAAGCUGCUCAAAGCAGACGACAUUCUUAGGCUGCAAUGUCUGACCGACGACGAGAAGCAAAAGUACCGGCUGCUCAUGCACAAUACCUGGAACAUGUUCAACAAUGCGACACCAGGCAGCCCGGAACAGACACAGGCGCGCACGACCCUGCAGCAAUUCUCCCAGAAAUUCAUCGCGAGGGAGCGAGCACACAGGGCGAAGAUACAGCAGCAACAGCAGCAGGCUGGACAGGCACAACCCAAUCAGGCUGGUGCAGGCGCACAGCAGGCUCCAGUCAAGCAGGAAGGGCAAGGGAUUGCUGGGGAGGCUGCGACGAAUCAGCAACAGCAACAGUCAUUGCAGGCACAGAAUCAAGGACAACAGCGACCGCCAAACUCAUCUGUCGACCCAUCCAUCAUCAAGCACGUCCAGGAAUUUCCGUUCACGCUACCACCCACCUACACCAUGGGCACGCCGGAGGCCGAGGCAAAACUUAAGGAGUACAAGAAUGGCUAUCUGAGCAUGCUCGCAAAGCAGGCAACGCUGACUGAAAACAUUAAGAGGAUCCAGGCGCAAAUGCAAGAGCGACAAAAGAGUGGACAAGAAGUGCCGCCGGAAUUGACGAACGCAAAAAACAAAGCCGAGGAAGAGUAUUAUAGAAUGAAGGCUCAGAUUGAGAAGUUCCGCGGGCUGCAGAAGCAGUGGAAGGACGAGCGCGGCAAUCAAGGGCAGGGAGCGCAGCCUGCGCAACAGGCCCAGCAAUCUCAACAGACACCGCCGCAGCAGCCGCAACAAGGACAACAGCCACAGGCGCCCCAGCGGCAGCCUUCACUUUCCGGACCGAGUGGUCAGCCCGCGGUCAAGGAGGAACCACAGAUUAAGGUGGAGGGUGGGCAGCCGCAGCAACAGCAAACGCAACCCCAACAACCACCGCAGUUCAACCAGCAACAACCACCUCAACAGAACCCUCAAGGACCGCCACAACAGCUCCAACAGCAGCAGCAGCAGCCAGGGCAACAGCAUAUGCAGCCGGGACAACAACAAAUGCAGCCAGGACAACAACAAAUGCAGCGUCCACCACCCGCACCACACUCCCUCAGUAUGCCUCAACAGCCGCAAUUUCCACAGCAAGGCCAGCCUCGCCCGCAGAUCAACCCCCACCAGGCGAACAUGCAACAGCACCAGCAAAGCAACUCGCCACACCCACAGUCCGCGACGACAAAUGGCCCGCCAGUCCCCCUCUCUCACCAGGCCGCCAUCAGCGCCGCGAACCGCUCCUACACAGACCCUGCACGCGCUAACACGCCCAUGCAAGCCGGCGCAGGAGGCUCGUUCCACGCGCCGGGCAGCCGCGAGCGCGAGCAGCUUAACAACCCUAAGAUGCCCAUCCCUCGUCAUCUCAAUGUCACAUCACCCAUGCCCGUCAACAUGGGCCAGCAGCGCCCAACCAUGAGUGGCCCUACCAACGGCGCACCAGGACCCAUGGGCCAGCCUGUUAUCCACCGGCCACCGCCCUUCCAGCUCGAGGGUGAUGGCGAUCGCGUUCUGAGCAAGAGAAAGCUAGACGAAUUGGUCAGACAGGUCACGGGCGGGAGCGAGGAGGCGCUCACGCCCGAGGUGGAAGAGGCAGUUCUCCAGCUCGCAGACGACUUCGUUGAUAAUGUCAUCUCCAACGCAUGCAAGCUCUCGAAACUGCGCGACAGCCCACAGCUCGAUAUCCGCGAUAUUCAGCACGUUCUCGAACGCAGCUACAACAUUCGCAUUCCCGGAUAUGCAUCUGACGAGGUGCGCACAGUCCGCAAGAUUGUGCCGGCAGCAGGGUGGGUCGACAAGAUGAAGGCGGUCAAUGCGGCGAAGGUUAUGGGUGGUAAGACGGACUUCUGA